CGCAGGGGGGGGGGAGGAUAUUUCCUGCCGCUCUCCACGCGCCGAACACUUCUACUACUUGAGCGGAGCCCGUCGUCCUCCCCCGGCCCCCGGCAGCCACUUCCACUUCCCCGCGCCGCGGCUCCAGUCAACGCCUAGCUCAAGAAGGUCGUCAUUGAGAGGCUGCACCAAUGGGUUCUUAUCAAACAAACAGUGUUGGUUCACUGAAACUGUCACCUCACAUCCAAUUCCAACAAUCUUGUAACAAUGGAGUUAUGUUCCUAUCCAUGCGGAAUAAGACACAGCUGGCCAAAAGAAGAGCCACAAAUUAUGAAACCCAUCGUAAUUCUAGUAGGACUUCGUCACCUAUCGUAUGUUCAACUGGAAUGCCCAUAAUUUUCGUUGCCACUGAAGUGCACCCAUGGUGCAAAACUGGAGGCCUUGGUGAUGUUGUAGGGGGAUUGCCCCCAGCUCUGGCUGCAAUGGGGCACCGGGUUAUGACGAUAGCUCCUCGCUAUGAUCAGUACAAGGAUACCUGGGAUACAAAUGUUCUGGUUGAGGUAAUUGUUGGUGACAGGACAGAAACAGUGCGCUUCUUUCACUGCUACAAAAGGGGUGUUGAUCGUGUUUUUGUUGAUCACCCCAUGUUUCUUGAGAAGGUAUGGGGCAAAACUGGAUCAAAAUUGUAUGGUCCUACAACUGGAACAGACUUCCGAGAUAACCAGUUACGGUUCUGCCUUUUGUGCCUUGCUGCAUUGGAGGCUCCAAGGGUUCUUAAUCUCAACAAUUCUGAAUAUUUCUCUGGACCAUAUGGAGAAAAUGUUGUCUUUGUUGCAAAUGACUGGCACACUGCAGUUUUGCCAUGCUAUUUGAAGAGCAUGUAUAAGCAAAAUGGAAUAUAUGAGAAUGCCAAGGUUGCUUUCUGCAUUCACAACAUCGCCUAUCAGGGCAGAUUUCCCAGAGCAGACUUCGAACUUCUUAAUUUACCUGAAAGUUUCAUGCCUUCAUUUGAUUUUGUUGAUGGGCAUGUUAAGCCGGUGGUAGGGAGAAAGAUUAACUGGAUGAAGGCAGGGAUCACUGAGUGUGAUGUAGUCCUUACAGUUAGUCCACAUUAUGUCAAAGAACUCACUUCUGGCCCAGAGAAAGGUGUUGAGUUGGAUGGCGUCCUUCGCACAAAGCCUCUUGAAACUGGAAUUGUAAAUGGAAUGGAUGUUAUUGAUUGGAAUCCAGCAACAGACAAGUACAUCAGUGUCAAAUACAAUGCAACAACGGUGGCGGAAGCAAGAGCUCUCAAUAAAGAAAUACUGCAAGCUGAAGUUGGAUUGCCCGUGGACUCUAGCAUACCUGUUAUAGUUUUCAUUGGACGUCUUGAAGAACAGAAAGGGUCAGACAUACUAAUUGCAGCCAUUCCGGAGUUUGUCGAGGAGAAUGUUCAGAUAAUUGUUCUCGGCACAGGGAAGAAGAAAAUGGAGGAGGAACUGAUGCUGCUAGAAGUGAAGUACCCACAGAAUGCCAGAGGCAUAGCAAAAUUCAAUGUUCCAUUGGCACACAUGAUGUUCGCCGGGGCAGAUUUCAUAAUUAUUCCAAGUAGGUUCGAGCCAUGCGGCCUCAUCCAACUGCAAGGGAUGAGAUAUGGAGUUGUUCCCAUCUGUUCAUCCACCGGAGGACUCGUCGACACAGUGAGGGAGGGUGUCACAGGGUUCCACAUGGGUUCGUUCAAUGUCGAGUUUGAAACCGUCGAUCCAGCGGAUGUGACGGCAGUCGGGUCAAAUGUCACCCGAGCUCUGAAACAGUACAGAACGCCGGUGUUCCAUGCAAUGGUUCAGAAUUGUAUGGCGCAGGACCUAUCUUGGAAGGGACCGGCAAAGAAGUGGGAGGAGGCCCUUCUUAGCCUAGGAGUUGAGGGAAGUCAGCCCGGCAUCGAAGGCGAGGAAAUCGCUCCGCUUGCCAAACAAAAUGUGGCCACUCCCUGAAAUCCCCAAAUAUCAUGGAGGGUGUUCGAAGAUUCGACGAAAUAAUAAGGUUGCUAACGAUGAUGAUGCUGUAUUCAUCUAGGCUUUGCCAUUUCUCUACUACUCCAUCUCCAUGUGUGACAUAACCCCUGGAUUUCAGCAAGACAAGCAUGCGUCCUCACGUAGAUUUAAAUGGCUAAUAACGUCAACGUA